AGCUAUCGCUUCUGGCUUCUCCUCCCUCCUGGUCCUGGCCCCGGCCUCCUUUCCAAGCUUCAAGGAAACAUCCAAGCACUUCCCUGUUCCAAGUCAGGAGACUAAACGCUGUUAGCAGUAGCGAAUCAUACACCAGCAGCCUAGUUAGAGUUGGAUCUGAGCAAUGGGGGAGGAGCGGGCGGCGCCAAAGCCGGGUCCGGCUGCCGCCACGGCGGUGGAGCUGACGGGGUUCGUCAUGGGCGCGGAGGAGGCCGAGCGCGCGGCGGCGGCCGCCGGCGUCGCGACCGUGCAAGACCUGCUGCCGCUCCUGGUCCCGUCCGCGAUGGAGCGGGCGCGCGCCCCGAUCUCGCGGUUCCGCGUGGGCGCCGUGGGGCUGGGCGCCAGCGGCCGCGUCUACGCCGGCGUCAACCUCGAGUUCCGCGGCCUCCCGCUGUGCCACUCCGUCCACGCGGAGCAGUUCCUCGUGGCCAACGCCGCCGCCGCGGGGGAGCCCGCGCUGCGCGCCGUCGCCGUCUCCCACAUGCCCUGCGGCCACUGCCGCCAGUUCCUGCAGGAGAUGCGCGGCGCGGCGGCCGUCCAGAUCCUCGUCACCAGCGACGCCGCGGAGGGCCGCGCCCCGGAGUGGCGCGCGCUGGCGUCCCUCCUCCCGCGCCCCUUCGGGCCCCGCGAUCUCCUCCCCGAGGACGUGGCCCUCGUCCUCGAGCCGCACGGCAACGACCUGGGCGGUCCGGUCGCCAAUGGCUUCGCCCGCGGCGACCUGGACGCGCGCCUGAGGGAGGCCGCGGAGGCGGCCGCGCGGGCGGCGCACGCGCCCUACAGCAAGUGCCCCUCGGGGUUCGCGGUGGCGGACGGCGACGGGAGGAUCUACGCCGGGGGCUGCAUCGAGUCCGCCGCCUACAACCCGACGCUGGGCCCCGUCCAGGCGGCCAUCAUUGGGAUGGUGGCGGCCGGAGGCGGGCCCGCCGGGGACGUGGUAGCGGCGGCGCUGGUGGAGAAGGAGCGGGCGGAGGUGGCCCAGGAGGCGACGGCCAGGAUCUUUCUCGAGGCCGUGGCCCCACGCGCCACCUUCCACGUCUACAACUACAGGCCGUCCGAUGCUUGAUGAGCUUCUGUGGCGGUGGGUCAGUUGGGGUGGGAUGGGCAGGACCUGAUCGCGAUAAUGUUCAUAAAAGAAUAAUGGGAAAUUUGGAUCCAUACCAUUAAAAGAUCACCACUUUGGAUCCAUACCAUUACUAUCUCACUUACAUGUGGGUCCACAUGAGUCAAUGACAUGUGGGGUUCAUGGUAUAUAUCUAAAGUUUGGAUCUUUUAA